UUUUGGCACGUCAAAUUAUGCUUCACUAAUUGUUUGUACGCUCGCUCAUAUUCCUGCUAUUAUUGGUGGGGUUCUGCGUUUCUUGCAAGACAAAAUCGUGACCGGAGGAGAUGGAGAAUAAAUCCUGAUCACUGAGAUUUCCAUCCAUGCACCGUGAGGCCUGUUUAUUCUAAUAGUGGGGUUUAUGGAAAUGCACAUUGGAGAGGAGAGAAGUUCUAGUCCAAAUAAAAGGACGGACGCGUGUGUUGGAUGUUUCAGGAAGAAAAGGUGGUUGAAGAGAUGCUGAUGCCUGUGGCAUUUGCCUCUGCACCUGCUUUUAAACUCUCUUGGGUGUAACCUUGGAUGCCAAACACUCCUUCCUAACAAGUGCGACUGCAUAAUAAGACGCAAAGUAUAAAGAAGAACGUUUUCCGAUGGUUUGUGGCUGAUCUUGCGUCUGCAGGAAUGGUGAUCCGUGGCCGGAUCCGUUUGGUGAAGCAUUUUGGGCUGACUCAAGUCCUGUGCCUGCUGGUCUUUGUCUGCCUUUUGGCGGUUCUCUUCAUCGACUACAUUGAGUUAUGGGCCACUUCUCUAAAAAUGAAUGGAGUUGCGGCUGCCCACGGUGGGAUUUUUCCUCAGAGCGUGCCCCCUACGCGUCCAGAAGAAUACCUGCUUAUGCCAAGUUCGCUUGUUUGUCAGCGCGCGAAGCCCUACCUCGUUACCUUUGUGACCUCUGCCCCUGCUCACAAGAAAGCUCGUCAGGCGAUCCGUGAUACCUGGGGUGGUGAAGUGCGAGUUCAAGGUUAUAGGGUUAUGACUUUGUUCAUGGUGGGGCAGGUAUCAGAUCCUGUUCUGUCCCAACAACUGACCAAUGAGGCACAGGAACACGGAGACCUGGUGCAAGGCCGCUUUCUGGACUCCUAUGCUAAUCUGACCUUAAAAACCUUGUCUAUGUUAGCAUGGGCCCGGCGCUUUUGCCCUGAAGCUCGCUUCCUAGCCAAGGUGGAUGAUGAUGUGAUGUUCAACCCCAGUGCGUUGUUACAGUACAUCAACUGGGGGGCACCAGAAAAAGAGCCUGAAGAACUCUACCUUGGUCGGGUUCACAUGAGAGUGCCACCGGACCAUAAUCCAGCCAGCAGGCACUAUUUUUCUAAAGAUGCUUUCUCAGGUACGGUCUUUCCUGAUUACUGCAGUGGAACCGCAUAUGUGCUUUCCCGUCCUGCUGUGCUAAAGCUCUCUCUGGCAGCUGCUGCUGUACUGUUGCCCAAGCCCUUGCCUCCUGAAGAUGUGUUUAUCGGUUUGUGUGCCCACACAGCUGGCAUCGCUCCCACCCACUGCCCGCUUUUCUCUGGAGGACCACCUGUGCCGUAUGCACGCUGCUGCUACCAGGCCAUGGUGUCUGUUCAUCAUACUAAACCUGAGGAAAUGCUCCAUUAUUGGGCAGACAUGAGUUCCAAAGCUCCCUGCUCAUGGAUGGAGGUCCGGACUUCGCUUGGUUUUUGUAAACUGAGAGCACUUCUAGGAGACUUGCUAUGGUCUGGAUUAUAAAGAGAAACAUAUGGAGAGUCGAGAAGAUUAUGUAGGGUUUCUUAAACACGUGCUUGUCGAGCCUGAAGAAGCAAAUUGGAACUACGUCACAAACUACUGUAUCUAGCUGUUUGAUAGCUUUAUCUGAAUAAUUUGCCAGUUGUCAAAUACGAAAGUCUGUGCUAUUUAUUACAUUCACUGUACAAGCACUUUAGUCAAAUGUGUUCAGUGUUUCAGAAAUACUUCAUAAACACCAUAUGCUGUUUGUGCUUCACUGUAAUGUAGUCUGAAUUAAUAGGUAAAUAUUUUUCAUGAUUUAAUGGUUUAACAAGUAGGGUGUAGCACCAAAACAUUCUUGGUGCAACUCAAGUGAGCUUGCUGGGCAUGACCACUGCUUUUCAACUUUCAUAUUUAUGAGGUCCGAUUAUUUGACCAAAAUGAUGGUAAGGAGUGUUUUGAUGUAGGAAGUAUUUAGUAUUUUGUAGGAAGGAAGAUCAUGUUUGCAAGAGUGCAAUGGAUAGCUUGGAAAUGGGAACACUGAACUUGUAUGGGGAAGCCAUGGCCUGAAGGUUAGUGAAGCAGCUUUGGGACCAAAAGUUUGCUGGUUCGAUUCCCUGGACCAGCAGGACUGGCUGAAGUGCCCUUGAGCAAGGCGCUUAACCUCCAACUGCUCCCCAGGCUGCUCUGGGUAUGCUGUACGUCGCUUUGGAUAAGCGUGUCUGCUAAAUGCCAUUAAUGUAGUGAUCUUACUCUCAGACCUGGUCUUCCAUAGUCAUACUGCAAAUGGCCUUAUGCAACGGAAUACUGGAAGAUGAGUGAUUUCGAAAAGACCGUGAAGAUGUGUAUGUGGAAGUUUUAUGUAGUUUAGUUGCUAAUAUUUUAUAUAAUUGAAUGAAUGCAAUGUGGUUUUUACAAUUAUUUUUUUAAUUGUACGUCCUGAUGCACAUGGUCAAAUGUGACCCAACGUGAAUAGAAGACUGACACUGUAAAGGAAAGCAGAAUGUAGGUUAUUAUAGCUUUGUGCACUGUUUAUAUUCCUUCAGAGUCACUUCUAAUAAACCUAAAAACAUAUAGCUGGGAUCAAGUCAGGAUAUUUAAAGUUAUUCCACGAAAUCGAGUCGUACAUGAGCUGAUAGCCAACGAGGUGCAUGGCUCCGAGUUGGCUAUAAACCAUGUAUGACAAGAUUGAGUGCAAUAACUCUUAUUAUAUUCACAUUCACUGGAUUUUGAGAAACUGAGCUUUUUUUUUUUUGCGCAAAUUCAAUAAAAAGCUUUAUACAGAACGUCUGACACAAUUUCCGCUUAGAAUGAAAGCAAACUGGCGGAAUGACAGUAGCAAUUUGUGAAAAAUUCUAUAAUUCUUGAAAAUUAAAAAAAAUACAUUCUUACCAUCAAAUACUUUUAUUCCAUAUUUUGUGGCUUUUUUUGUAUUUUGGGGGGUUUUGUUUUCAAGUAGAAUUUUUUUUGUCCUCAGUUGGUUCAGCAACACACUCUGCCAUUUUUUUUUUCUACUCACGGUAUAUGAGCUGAUAGCCUAGUAGUAGAGGAGCCAAUCAGAGCAUGCAAUUGCUCAUAUCCAGUGAAUAUGGAUAGAAUAAAGUGUUAUAUUGAGCUAUGUUUAAUUUACCGGCUAAAUAAAAGACAAUCAGCUAACACUUGGGUUUGCAGGGAAAGAAAAUACAAACGUUAGCUACGUAAUUUACGUGAAGCAGAGAAAUUUGAAAUUUAUGCAAAAACAACAACAAACCCACUAUGACUACAAAACUGGGUAUGUGAAGAGCUAUGCAAAUUCAUGAAGUGGUAAGAAAGUGGAACGGGAUCAGAUCCCUAAAACAAUAAUUGUUAAAGCUGACACUGAAAAUUCUAAUAGUGGCCAAAUUAACAUUUAUUUAAUUGAGGUCUGUAUUAGUUUCUUUAUUUCUUUUUUUAAAAGCAUUUUACCAUCCUUAUUAACUAGGACAAUAACAGACACAAAUUUUAUUUAAAAAAAAGCCAUUUAAUUCUUGGGAACAGACAUUAUUGCUAGCUUCCUACAAAAUGGUGAGGAAGAGUCCGUUUUGGCAGGCCCGUUGUUCAUGGGUGGAGCUCGAGCUUGGGUUUGUACAGAGUUGCAAGUUCUCCCCAUGUUUGUGUAGGUUCCCUCUGGGUUCUCUGGUUUCCUUCCACUGUCGAAAAACAUGCCAGUCAGUGGAUUUGGCUACUUAAGUUAUUCCACGAAAUUGAGUCAUACAUGAGCUGAUAGCCGAUGAGGUGCAUAGCGCCAAACCAUGUACGACAAGACUGAGUGGAAUAACUGUUUUAAUUAUACCCACAUUCAAUGGAUUUUGGGAAACGGAGCAUUUUUUUUUUUUUUUUUGCAAAUUUGAUCAAUUAAAAACUUGAUAAAAAACCAAAUGAUUUCUGCUUAGAAUGUAACUAAACUGGCAAAAUGAUGGUAGUAAUGUUUGGAAAA